GUAUACCAUACUGCUGUCCUCAAUUAUUUGUGAUAAAUAUUUGUAGCUUCCUCUCUCUCUCUCUCUCUCUCUCUCUCUCUCUCUCUCUCUCCCCCCGUCUAAGCAAACUAAAAGACAAGAAGAAAAGCUAUGGCUGGUAUGCUUCCCGGAGUUGAGUGCGCGAGGAGACGGCGUUUCCACGGCGGUGCUCCACCGAUUGACUUAUCCAACACGGCUUCUGUCGCGGCAGCAACAGGACAGGUCUGGACUCGGCGACCAUCGUUCUCUCUCUACACUACCAAUCACGACCAAGCCUAUGUCUCCUUCUCGGAGAGAAAUGUUAGGAACAAAUCGUACAGUGAUGAUAACGAUGAGAAGCUCGUCGGAGCAGCCAAAGAAGCUAAGAAGAGGCUGGACGAGCGGCUGAGGAACCCGCGAAGAAGGGUCGGUUUGGUUAAACAAGCGUAUGCUAGCAAAUGAAGUACUAAUUCACCUUAAAAUGCGCCAAACCAGCUCAAGUCUUUUGCUUUGAUUCCAUGAUAACGACGCAUGAUGAUGUAUUAUUUAUCUUUCAACAUGUGGUGGUAUCACAUGAGCAUAUAAUUGUGAGAUUGCCUUUUGUCGGACAAUUAUUUUAUCCCUUUAGUAUUAACGCACUUUCUCUGCCAGGCGCAUUUUAGCAAGUCCUCUUUAUUGAA